AUGGAAAAUAAACUACCCCAGGGAGGUACCGGCAAUGCCGGAGAAUCCUCUGCCGCCACGGCGGUCACGGCCCACGUAUCUGGGGGGGCCGCGCAGUGCCUUGUGUCUUCACCGGCGACUAAGCCGAAGCAAUGUACAGCCGUACGAACUGAUUUUGACAGCCGGCUGCGAAACAUGUUCGCAGCUAAGACCGUAAAGGACAUAGUCACCAAAAAGGCGGUCGAGACAGCCGCGGGACCUAUCCGCGGUGCGACUCCCGCUCCAGUAGGUGACUCCCAAACUGAGACUCACUCGGAUGUGACAUCGGCAAAGGUAAUGGUCGAGACUGCCUCGGAUCUAUCCGGGGAUCUGACUCCCAUUACCCGCAGUCGCUCCCGGACCAACGUAUCCAAGGGAAGAGUUAGCGAAAGACCUGCCUCUGCCACCAAACGGCGGCUUGAGGAAGCAGAAGAGUCCCCUUACUAUACAGAUGAGACCGACCACGAAGGCAAGGUCGAUCGCUUCAUUGAGCGCUGCUUGGAAGCUGACACGGACGACUCCUGUAUGUCGACCGAGUCAGCGUCAUCUAGGCCACAAAGCCGCACAUCAUCACGCGGCAGCAAGAAGCCCCGAGGCCGCGGUAGACCCUCAACCGUGGGGGACUACAUUGGCUUGAAACAAAAGUGGGCUGAAGAGAAACUGCUCGCCAAGGAGCAAUACGAGGAGGUAGAGGAGAUGGCCGUAAGGCUAACAAACAAGAUGAAGGGAAAGCGACUCCGUGCAGAACACAACUCGCAGGCACUGACCACAGAGGAGUUGGUGCAGACUAUCCGUACCAGCACCGAAGCAGUGUUUAAGUGCGCGGGUAAGUGCGGGAAUAUAAAAGGGACCAUACAGGGCACCUUCAAAGAGGCCGCCCUUACUAUUGACGCAGCCGUCGCGGCAAUAGCAGCCAGAACUCCUGAGGAGGAGAUUAGUCGACUUAAUGCCGCCAACAACCUCCUCAAGAAAGAAGUUGAGGAACUCCGGCAGGAAAUCCAAAAGCUGAAGGCCGAGAAAAGCCAGGUUACUCCUGCCGCCACACAGGCUCCUGCGCCCACCAGUUCUGUCCUGGCGGGCGACGUAGAAAGAGAGAUCAUGGUCCGGGUGGGAACUAUGAUGGAUGCCAAACUUAAAGGGAUCGAGGAGCGUCUUCUGCCGGAGAAACGCCUUCGGCCUCCUCUCGCGGCCGAUACGUCGGAAUCCCUCUCCAGCCCAUCAACGACAACCGAUGGCCCCGGCACAAGGGCAGCAGCUAAGAGAGCUGCUCCGGCCCCACAAUCGGCUCCCCCAGCAAAGGCUGCACUAGCCUCACAGAGAAAGGCUCGCACCGGCCCCAAGACGGCGCCUGUACAGGCCUCAAUUGCCGAACCCUCCAAGGUGACCACGUCGCCUGCGCCAUCUCCCUCAAAAAAGAGCCGCGCUCGAAAAAAGAAGGGCAAAUCUCCACCUGCCCCUGCGCCAUCUCAAACAGAGCCCCGUUCUCUGCCUCCAGCACCAGCGUCCAUGGAUGCCGGUUGGACAGAGGUAGUGAAACGCGGGAAAAACAAAAGUAGCGGCGGCGAGAAAAGCCAGCCUAACAAACCGCAACCCGUGAGUCAGAAAAAGGCAGGCCCUGGCCGCACCACAGGAAACGCGCGGAGGGUGCGCGUGCCCAGAACUGCGGCCAUAACCGUGACCAUGACGCCGGAGGCCGCCCGUUAUGAUCCACCUCGCGACUUUGUGUGGUUCAUACAUUUGGCCAAACAGCAGGUGGAUCUCGCCCAGCUGGGAAUAAUGGACGGUCUUCGGUUUAAGCCAAGUCAGUCGGCCACCAAACUCCUCGUUCUGUCAGGUUCGGACGUGGAGGUGAAGGCUGACAGACUAGCAGCCGCUUUACGGGCAGUGCCCGAGUUCACAGAAGAGACGGUCCGUAUCGGGCGUCCGAUCAAGUCCGAGGAUCUCCGCUUAACAGGUCUUGAUGACUCAACCGGGGCGCCAGAAGUCUCGGCCGUUAUAUCGGCAAGAACGAACUGCCCACUGGAAAACAUCUCAGUGGGCAAGAUCAGUGGAGCCAGGGAGUCCCGCAGCGUUAUCGUGCGGGUACCUGCUAAGGUAGCAAAAGAGCUGGCGAAGUGUCGCCGGCUACUAAUCGGAUGGGCCUCGGUACAGGUAACGCUGUUGAAACCGAGGCCGUCAAGGUGUGUCGCCUGUUGGGGCACUGGCCACACGGCCUUUAAGUGCGCCGCUGGCAUUGACCGCAGUGGACUCUGUUUCCGCUGCGGUGAAGAGGGCCAUAAGGCCAAGGUGUGCCCGGCCCAGGUUCCCCGCUGUUUGUUGUGUGCAGCGGCUGGUAAGGCCGUGGAGCACAUGCUGGGGGCAAAAGAUUGCCCUCAGCCGGCGCAAAAGCCGAAGCCGGCGCAGCGAGCCGGCACGACGGCGAGCCUCAUGGAGGUAGACGCGGGGGCGUCUGCCUCCUAA